UUUUUUCUCCCUCGCGGGUCCUUUCCACGCGCCUAUGGUGCAAUAGAUAGACAAAGUUUAACACACUCAAGCUGCCAAUUCUAUUUCGCUAUAGCAAAAGGGUGAAGGGGAGAGAUGGCGGAGUACGAUGAGCGUGGCAACUGUGCGUCAAAUAUGUAUUUACCGAGUUGUACAUAUUACGUUUCGGCGCCUGAUUUUUCUUCAGUCUCCUCGUUUUUACCCCAGACUACUUCGUGUCAAAUAAAUUUUCCUUAUUCUUCCAACAUAGCUCAAGUCCAACCUGUUCGAGAAGUGUCUUUCAGAGACUAUGGACUGGAUCACUCAAACAAAUGGCAUUACAGGGGCAAUUACGCGUCUUACUACUCAACGGACGAGAUAAUGCACCGAGACUUAAUCCAGUCGUCGAACAGGGCGGAAAUGAUAUUCAAAAAUGAUUCCUUGUACGGCCAUCACGGCGGUACGAGCUCGCCAUGCAAUUUCUUCACAAAUGUCGGCCGAAAUGGGGUUCUUCCACAAGGGUUCGAUCAGUUCUUAGAGACGGUUAACUCUGAGAAGCCCAACCCUGACGACUCAAAACAAAAGACACACUCCAGUCUCCCCGGAGAUGCUGCGUGUAAUAAACAGACUUCAGAUAGGCCUACAUCUGAGGAGUCUAUACGAGACCCAACUGAGGACAUAGACGAAGAUGAUUAUUCGAUAUCAAACUGCGCUGGGGACAAGAACAACGGCCCAAGUUCUUCAAAGUCCAGAAAAAAGAGAUGCCCCUACUCCAAAUACCAGAUCCGAGAACUUGAACGAGAAUUCUUUUUCAAUGUGUACAUAAACAAGGAGAAGCGGCUCCAGUUGUCAAGGAUGUUAAACCUGACAGAUCGACAGGUGAAGAUUUGGUUCCAGAACAGAAGAAUGAAAGAGAAAAAGCUCAACCGGGACCGGCUUCAGUAUUUCACUGGGAAUCCCUUAUUCUGAACCCUACGCAUUUGGAGUCAAUAGUUGCUAAAUGCUUCACAACAGAUUGAAUAAAGAGUUUUUUGGGGGACAUCUCAUAAUCUAUCAAAAAAACAGAAGGUGAAACACCUCACAGCAUAAUGAACAUUGCAAACAGGCUGGAUCUAUCUAUGCAAGGCUCUUGGCAUCUGUCACAUAAAUACUUACCUCAAUGAACACAUGAAUCCUGUUAUUUAAAAUACGAUUCAAUCUAGUGAAGAAAUCCUCCAGGAGACCUCGUCAUAAUGUCCAUUUGUAUAUCAUUAUACUAAUUAAUUAUAAUCUCUAGACUAUGCAUAUCUUUUUUAUUUAUUUAAGUUUACAUGGUGGCGUUUGGAUUUUAAAAUAUUGCAGUAAGCAACGCGUACUUUGAGUAGAUUAAUCAGUCAAGUAGGCUACAAUAAGUCAUUUAUAAUAGUAGAAUUAUGUAUGCAUUUAGUAGAAGCAUGUGAUGUAUAUUGUGGUUAUGUGAUAUCAAAAUAAAGUACACAUGGCAAAUGUAGUUAUGCGUUACCUCGUGUAAUUGCAAUCACAACGAACUAAUUUCGUAUAACUUUGGUCAGGAUCCACAUUUGGCAUAGAAAAACAGUUAUGCAUAAUUUCAUACAAUUCAACAAGGUUUUUCAGACUGUACUAUAGGGAUGCUCUUGUCAAAGCAAUCUGAUAUAUUUGUAAAUGACCAAUUGCACUGGCACUAGUAGUUAUAUCAGUAGGCCACAGGACUACACAGUGCAUUUCCUGUUAUUAUAGCCAAGCAGUAGCGCCUCUUACUUGCUUCAACUUCAAAGUUUAGACUAGACCUUUUAUUCCCUUUAUUUUGUCUUACACUUAGGCGGUUUUCUAAACCUUGAACCGUCUAGACAGUAUACUAAAAACUAGCUGUAAAUGUCUAAAUUGGGGGCUAUUGGACCCUCUGGCCACUCCAAAUGCGGCCCUACCCCAAAAUAGUCUAGAAGAAUGCAGUAGGCUACUGUUUACUUGUCAGGCUAUUGAAUUUAAAGGAACGCAAAAUGUACACGAUCAAAACGAUCUAUUACUUUAU